AUGGCCCGGCGCUGUCUCCAGGCGAACAUCAACCACUCUGCCAGGGCCCAGGACCUACUAGUCCAAAGCAUGGCAGAGUGGCAAAUCGACGUGGCGGUGGUCUCGGAGCCCUAUGUCGUUCAUUUAUGGGACGACUGGGUGUCCGACCACGAGGGAGUGGUGGCGAUCGUCGCCCCUGCCGUCGCUGGUUCCCCUGCUAUCGAAGGGGUAGCCAGGGGCAGAGGGUUCGUGGUCGCUGCAGUCGGGGGUAUGGCGGUCGUGGGCGUUUACGCCUCGCCCAACCGGAGUCUCGCGGAGUUUGAACAGCUACUCGUUGAGUCGCUGGAGGAGUGGGCUGUGUCACUGGGCCUCGCGGUGAUCAACAGUGGGUCGGAGAGCACGUGCGUGCGGCAGCAGGGCGAGUCGAUCGUGGACGUAAAGUUCGCGUCCAUCGCCCUAGCCCGCCGUGUUCGAGACUGGAGGGUGGAGACGGCCGUGGAGACUCUAUCGGAUCAUCGAUACAUCCGAUACGAUGUCUCCGCGGCACCGGUCGUCCGGCCCGCUGUUGUGCGGUCAGAAGGUCCGCGGUGGAGUCUGGGCCGUCUCGACAGCCAGUUGGCAAAAGAGGCGGCCAUCGUGGAGGCCUGGUGCGCCGGUUCCGACCCGGUUGUCCAGGUCGACCGAGAGGCUGACCGACUCGGCGCCGCCCUGUUCCGCAUUUGCGAUGUGGCGAUGCCGAGAGUCAAGCCUCAGACUCCACGUCGCCGCGUAUACUGGUGGCGGCCGGAACUCCGUCAGCUACGGAGAGCCUGCGUUGCGGCCCGCCGCCAGUACGCCCGAUGCAGACGAAGGAGAGUCCGCGACCACGAUCUGGAGGCGGCCCUUUACACCGCCUAUAGAGACGCCUGUGUUACGCUCCAAAAGGCCAUAGCACAGGCGAAGGAAGCGGCGUGGACGGAGUGGCUCGGCACCCUCGACAGGGAUCCGUGGGGGAGACCGUACCGGGUCGUGAGACAAAAACUCCGACCCUGGACACCCCCGCUCACCACUCUCCAGCCACACCUUCUGGAGAGCGUUGCGAGCGCGCUGUUCCCGGAGCGUCGAGAGUUCGUCCCUCCAUCGAUGGCCCCACUGCGCAGCGAACGAGACGAACGAGAUCUGGCGCUCCCGGUCACCGAGGCGGAGUUGUCCGCGGCUGUCCUUAGGCUCCGUUCCAAGAGGACAGCCCCGGGGCCAGACGGUAUUCCGGGGCGCGCCCUGGUGAUCGUCUCAGAAGAGAUAGGUGAGAACAUCCGCCGCCUAUUCUCAGCGUGUCUGGCUCAAGGCAGGUUCCCCGAUCGGUGGAAAACGGGAAGGCUCGUACUCAUCCGUAAGGAGGGUCGAGCCCCCGAUCAGCCGUCGGCCUACCGACCUAUCGUGCUGCUCGACGAAGUGAGCAAGCUCUUCGAGCGUGUGCUCGCCGUCCGCCUAGUCGACAGCAUGGAGCCGGACCAGUAUGGCUUCCGCCGCGGCCGCUCGACGCUGGACGCGAUCGCCAGGGUGAGGGACCUGGCAGAAGAAGAGGUGGCUCAGGGUGGGGUUUUGUUGGCUGUCUCGUUGGACAUAUCCAACGCCUUCAACUCCCUGCCCUGGGAAGUCAUCCGAGAAGCGCUGAGGUACCACAACGUGCCGUGUUACCUGCAGCGACUGAUCGGUGACUACUUUGCGGGCAGAGCGGUCUCCUACCCGACGAGCGACGGUUGGAGAAGAAGACGUGCGGUGUUCCACAGGGCUCGGUACUGGGGCCCCUUCUGUGGAACAUCGGGUACGACUGGGUGCUGCGCGGGGCCACUCUGCGGGGGGUCAGCGUCACAUGCUACGCCGACGACACCCUCGUGUCGGCCCGCGGCAGCUCCCAUCGCGAGGCGGCUUAUCGAGCCACAGCCGGCGUCGCACACGCGGUUCACCGCAUCCGUGCACUGGGCCUCGAGGUGGCCUUGCACAAGUCACAUCACAGUGGGCAGAACUUCCAUCACCAUCGGGUCGACGAUGAAGUACCUGGGAUUCACGAAAAGCACUUCCGGCGCUUGGCCCCAAGACUGGUGGCUGCAGCCGGAGCGCUGGGGCGGAUUCUCCCCAAUGUCGGAGGACCGGGAGGCUCGUGCAGGCGCCUCGAGCGAUGGCGCUCAGGGCGGCUCGGGCGUACCGUACGGUGUCAUUCACUGCAGCCUGCCUGCUGUCCGGAAGCCCGCCAUGGGACCUCGAGGCCGAGAUCAACUCGAGCGUCUACUGGCGGCUGAAGGCAGCGAGAGCGGAGGGAGACCGACCCCAUCCCCGGGAAGUUCUGAGCUGGAGGGAAUAGGCCGGCGGAAGGCACUUCGAAAAAUGGAAAGAGAGGCUACGGGAUCCGGGAUCGGAAACGUCUACCACCUGACACAGCUUCUGACCGGCCACGGAUGUUUUGCAAAAUAUCUGUGUGACUUGGCCGGCAGAGAGCCGACAACGACGUGCCACCAUUGUGGCAACGGAGCCGUGGACACGGCCGAACACACGCGCGCAGAGUGCCCAGCUUGGGCGGAGCCUCGCGCUGCCCUGUUCACGGCUAUCGGAUAUGACAUCUCGCUUCCGGCCUUAGUGCGAAAGAUGGUCGCGAGUGCAGAGGCGUGGGCGGCAUUACGGGUCUUCAGCGAAACCGUAAUGUCCGCAAAGGAGGCGGCAGAGCGACAGCGGGAGGACGACACCAACUCCCUCCCGCUGCGUCGACGGAGACCUGGUCGACGGCGCCGCGACCAUCUAGGCCGGAUGCCCUAA